CUCCGUCGCCUUCCCACCCUUCAUAAAGCUUUGAUGAGACAUUUGAGCCGCUCGCCUCCUCCGGUGUUUCUGGAGCUGCAGGAGGCGGCUGGAGGGACUGGACGGCUGGGAGACGAUGUGACUUUCCGGAGGGGACCCCAGCAGGCUUUGUGUGGACGGCAAGUUCCACCAAGUGAAAAGAGUGAUGACCAUCCUUUUCCUUACUAUGGUUAUUUCAUACUUGAGUUGCAUGAAAGCUGCCCCAAUGAAGGAAGUUAGUAUCAGAGGACAAGGCAGCUUGGCUUAUCCUGGUCUUCGGACACAGGGAAAUCUGGAGACCCUCAGUGGGCCCAAUGAUGCCACAAGAGGAUUAACGUCUUUGGCAGACACUUUUGAACACGUCAUUGAGGAGCUCCUGGAUGAGCAGCAGGUCAUUCAGCCCAGCAAGGAAAAUAAGGAUGCAGACUUGUACUCAACUCGGGUGAUGCUAAGCAGCCAAGUGCCUUUGGAGCCUCCCCUGCUCUUCCUGCUCGAGGAGUAUAAAAACUACUUGGAUGCUGCAAACAUGUCCAUGAGGGUCCGGCGCCAUUCUGACCCUGCUCGCCGUGGGGAGCUGAGCGUGUGUGACAGUACUAGUGAGUGGGUGACAGCAGCUGAAAAAAAGACUGCAGUAGACAUGUCCGGAGCAACAGUUACAGUCCUGGAAAAAGUUCCAGUACCCAAAGGCCAACUGAAGCAAUAUUUUUAUGAGACCAAGUGCAGCUCAAAGGGUUAUGCAAAAGAAGGUUGUAGGGGCAUAGACAAGAGGUACUGGAAUUCCCAGUGCCGAACUACUCAGUCUUUCGUCCGAGCUCUCACCAUGGAUAACAAAAAGAGAGUUGGAUGGCGCUUUAUAAGAAUAGACACUUCCUGUGUUUGUACACUGACCAUAAAAAGGGGAAGAUAGUGGAUUCGUGUUGGAUAGAUUAUAUUGAGACAAAAAUUAUCUAUUUGUAUAUAUACAUAACAGGGUAAAUUAUUCAGUAAGAAAGAAAAUAAUUUUAUGGACUGCAUGUAUAAAGGAAGUUUAUACAGUACCGUGGUUCCACAAUCUAUUUAUUGAACAUGUCCAUGACCUAAACGGGAACAAAAGGAAAAAAAAAUCCAUUUGCGCACAACUUUGAAAACAAAAGAAAUUGCAUUACAUUCCUCUAACAUUGUGAUUUGUUGCCGUUGCCAAGAAUUGAAAACUUAAAAAAAAUAAAAAAAAUAAAAUUGCAUGCUGCUUCAAUUGUGAA